AUGUUUCCUUAUAAACUCGACUACAACAGUUCAUCGUAUCUUGGUCUCGUAUAUUACAUUAGGAAUACCACAAAUCAUUCAUUUGAUGUCGUUCCAACUGCUAGUUCAAUUCAUGCUUCAUGGAACAAAUCAGAUCGUCCUUAUUGGGUCAUUAAUGGUAUAUCAGAAACACAGCCAGAUGAUACAACUCGAUGGGUUUCAAAAGCAACGAACUACCAGUGGUAUCAGCUUGAAUUCAAAAAAUUUAAAAUUGCACUUACUGGAUAUUAUGUGUAUACAUAUAGAGGACGUAUAAGGUAUAUGGAAAUGCUUGGAUCCAAUGAUGGAACUAACUUUGAUCUUAUUGAAAAUACCACAGUUGCUUCCCAUCCAGAUAAUUAUUUAGCUUAUGUUAACAUAUCAAAAUUGAAAUGGUAUCGCACAUUUCGGUUGAAAAAUCUUGGUCCUGGAUUUGAUGGCAAUUAUGCCUUUGAUCUUUAUCGUAUAGAGCUAUUUGGCUAUGUAGAUGAAUUUGCUGAGUGUAGUAUUUACAAUUGCCGCUUACUUAGAAAUCCAUUUAUUGGAAAUAUCACACCUUUUAUUCUAAUUUCAACCUCAUAA